ACGCACGCACGCACGCGCAUCGCUUACCUUUGACAGGUUGUUCGUCUCUCUCUCUCUCUCGCGCGCGCGCUCUGAGUCCAUUUCUUUCUCGAGGUCUCUCUGUUCGCUGAUUUCGAGUACUUGGGGGGGUCUCUGCUCAUGGAUAUUGAGACCCAGACCCGACUCUCGAGCUUCGACCUUAAGCUGAAGACUCCCAACCCUCGAUUUCCUUACUCGCUGGGCGUCUCCCCGGAGCUCCACUCUCCCGGCAAGAGCGCGGCCUUCGUAAUGCAGCAGCCCGACGAGACUGCCGCCAACGGUGUCCACCCCAACCCGCCGGCGAUCCCUCCCCCGGAGUCCACGGCAGCCUUGAAGCUGCAGAAGGUCUACCGGAGCUACCGCACCCGCCGUCGGUUAGCUGACUCAGCCGUCGUCGCCGAGGAGCUCUGGUGGCAAGCGAUUGACUAUGCGAGGUUGAGCCACAGCACGGUUUCCUUCUUCAACUUCUUGAAACCGGAGAGCGCCGUGUCGAGGUGGUACCGGAUCAGCUUGAAUGCUUCCAAGGUGGGAAAGGGUUUGUCCAAAGACGCCAAAGCUCAAAAAUUGGCUUUUCAGCACUGGAUUGAGGCUAUCGAUCCACGUCACCGUUAUGGUCAUAGCUUGCAUCUGUACUACGGGGAGUGGUGUAAAGGUGAUGCGGGUCAGCCAUUCUUUUACUGGUUGGAUAUAGGAGAUGGGAAGGAACUUGAUCUCAAGGAGUGCCCCAGAUCAAAGCUUCGGCAGCAGUGUAUUAAGUAUCUUGGACCUCAAGAGAGAGAGAACUAUGAGUACCUCAUCCUGGAAGGGAAGAUCAUCCACAAACUAUCGGGAGAGCUUCUCCACACGACGAAGGGAUCCCAGGGUGCUGCUGCUAAGUGGAUAUUUGUGAUGAGUACCUCAAAAAAAUUAUAUGCUGGUGAGAAAAAGAAAGGAGCUUUCCACCAUUCUAGCUUCCUUGCUGGGGGAGCAACAAUAGCUGCUGGAAGGCUCGUGGCGGAGCAUGGGAUCCUUAAAUCCAUCUCCGCCUAUAGUGGGCAUUACCGGCCAACUGAUGAUAGUCUCGAUAGCUUUUUGUCCUUCCUGGAGGAAAACGGAGUCAACCUCAAGGAAGUAGAAAUUCACAAAGCAUCAGAAGAUUCUGACACAUAUGAUGAUAGUAAUUCAAGUAUAGCUACGAGCUCAUUCAAAGUGUCUGAAACCUCAGUAGCCCCAGCCCGUGAAACUUCUGCUGCUGAGGAGGAGACUGUUCAGCCUACAGAACAACCAGAAAUUACCGAUCCUGAAGCAAAAGGCAGCUACCAAAGGACACUAUCAGGUGGUCUUCAGAGUCCGAGAGCCGAGGUCCCUCAGAAAGCAAUCCUCCAAAGAAUCAACUCCAAGAAGGCGGCUAAGUCCUAUCAACUGGGCCAUCAGCUCUCCCUCAAGUGGUCGACGGGAGCGGGCCCGAGGAUCGGGUGCGUGGCGGACUACCCAGCUGAGCUCAGGCAGCAGGCCCUUGAGUUCGUUAAUCUCUCCCCGAGGCUCCCACCGACCCCCUCCAACUUUCGGCUUUGGCCCACGACCCCAAGAACUCCCAGUCCUCGUGAAAGAGGUUUAGAGGUCUGCAAUGGUCCAGCGACGACCUCUCACUGAAGUGGAAUCUGUUUUUUUUUUUUUUUUUUUUUUGGGAAACUUUUCAAGCCUUCAAUAAAUUUCGAGCCACGAGAUCGUAGAACCUUGGUGUAGUGGAUGUAAAUAGCUAAUCUGCUAUUUGACAUAACCUAUUUCUCUGCAUUGUGGCACAUCUCUGCUCGUUCCCUUUAGCACUCAGUGCUCUUCCACUCAGGUCCCACUACACUUGGGUGCAACCAUUCAUAGAUUAAUGAUUAGAAGGGAAAGUCAAAAGGCACUGUUUUA